AUGUCUACCAACGGCAAGACAGAGUCUUUUCCAGCAGCGAUGCCGCAGAGCUCCAUGGUUCGCAAGACCAGCGCACAGAAUGUCCCAAGACGACGACGGAAGAGCAGUACACUCGGCGCCGACCCACGAGGAGACACUGGAGCGGGUGCUAUAGCUACGAAUCUUUCACCUCACGAAUCGGACGGCUCACCUACAUCCUCUGUCGAGCGGAAAGCGAAUGAGAAACAACCACGCGAGCGCAAGAGGAAGAAAGCGCUCAAGCUCUUGAGAAGAUGGAGACGCAUGUCACGACGCCAUACCUGGCUCAACCCUCUGAUCCUCAUAAUCGUCGUAUUAUCAGCCUAUUUCAUCAGCCCCGGCGAACAGAAUCUACUCCACCCAUUCCUGUACCUCUCCUAUGCCGACCCUGCACUCGAAGAACGGACGAACACACUUCCAGCGCAUAUUGGAGACGUAACACAAUACGGCAAAGGACCCCAGGACCUCAAGUUCGUCGGCUUCUACAUCAUCGUUUUCACCUUCACCCGAGAAUUCCUGAUGCAGCGUUUCAUCAAGCCGCAAGGCAUCUACUUCGGCAUUGGACGAAGUAAGAUGGCGCGGUUCUUGGAACAGUAUUAUACGGCCAUGUACUUCGUCAUUUUCGGCCCGUUUGGACUCUUCGUUAUGAGCAGGACGCCGGUGUGGUAUUUCAAUACUACCGGCAUGUAUGAGGGGUACCCGCAUCGUGCGCAUGAGGCGUGGUUCAAGGCGUACUAUCUGCUGCAAGCCGCGUACUGGUCACAGCAGGCUAUUGUGCUCAUGCUGCAGCUUGAGAAGCCGAGGGGAGACUUUAAAGAGUUGGUAUUGCACCAUAUCGUCACGCUGGCUUUGAUCGGAUUGAGCUACCGUUUUCAUUUCACAUAUAUGGGUGUGGCGGUUUAUGUGACGCACGAUAUAUCAGACUUCUUCCUGGCGACCUCGAAAACACUCAACUACCUCGACCUCUGGCUCACAAGCCCCUUCUUCGCCGUCUUCGUCUUCGUCUGGGCCUAUCUACGCCAUUACGUCAAUCUCGUCAUCCUCAAAUCUCUCCUCCCGCCAGCCACUUACACCAUCCCGUUCACCUCUCUCACCAUCCAGACUGGUGAAUUUGCCAUCGUCGGACCAUACACGCUAGAUUUUGCAACUCAACAAUACAAAUGCUGGAUCAGCCAGCCCAUGGUUUUCCUCUUACUAGCUGCUCUACAGUGCAUUAACAUCUUCUGGUUCUUCUUGAUCCUCAGGAUUCUGUGGCGGAUUCUGGUUACGAGUAAGCUGUCGGAUGUCAGGAGUGAUGAUGAGGGUGGCGAGAAGGAGGAGGAGGAGGGGGAGGAGGAUGUUGUGACGAAGUCGAGUGCCAUCGAGGAGAAGAAGAAGGCGGCUGGGUUGGGGAGUGGCAACGGGCAUGCGAAGACGCCUAUGCUUGCUGUUAAUGGGAGGCCGAUUAGUCCUGUGGCAGAGUAG